AUGAACGAAGACCUGAAGGCCAAUUUGAGCUGGCUGCCUCGGGAGCGCGUAGACGGCAGCCCCGCAGAGAAUGUCUCGGCCACAGGCUCCUCCCCGGUUCCUGCCGCGGACCCGGAGCCCGAGCUCUUGGUCAACCCCUGGGACAUUGUCCUGUGCACCUCGGGGACCCUUAUCUCCUGCGAAAAUGCCGUUGUGGUGCUUAUCAUUUUCCAUAACCCCAGUCUGCGGGCCCCCAUGUUCCUCCUCAUAGGCAGCCUGGCCCUCGCAGACCUCUUGGCGGGGCUCGGAUUGAUCGUCAAUUUUGUCUUUGCCUACCUGCUGCAGUCGGAAGCCACCAAGCUGGUCACAAUCGGACUGAUCGUUGCCUCUUUCUCUGCCUCUGUCGGCAGCUUGCUGGCUAUCACUGUCGAUCGUUACCUCUCGCUGUAUUACGCUCUGACUUAUAAUUCGGAAAGGACUGUCACUUUUACCUAUGUCAUGCUCAUCCUGCUCUGGGGAGCGUCUAUCUGUAUCGGACUGCUGCCCGUCAUGGGCUGGAACUGCCUCAGAGAUGAAUCCACCUGCAGCGUGAUCAGGCCGCUCACUAAAAAUAACGCGGCCGUCCUCUCGGUCUCUUUCCUGCUUAUGUUUGCCCUCAUGCUGCAGCUCUACAUUCAGAUCUGUAAAAUCGUGAUGCGCCAUGCCCAUCAGAUUGCCUUGCAGCACCAUUUCCUGGCCACUUCCCACUAUGUGACCACCCGAAAAGGAGUGUCCACCUUGGCCAUUAUUUUGGGGACUUUUGCUGCUUGCUGGAUGCCUUUUACACUCUAUUCUCUAAUAGCAGAUUACACCUACCCUUCUAUAUAUACCUAUGCCACCCUCCUGCCAGCUACGUACAAUUCCAUCAUCAAUCCUGUAAUAUAUGCUUUUAGGAACCAGGAGAUACAAAAAGCACUUUGGCUCAUCUGUUGUGGCUGUGUUCCCUCUAACCUGUCACAGAGAGCAAGAUCACCCAGUGAUGUCUGAUUGACGGCUAGGAGGACGCUCACUAUCAUAUUGAUUUCCAGACAUUGUUGCAGACCUCUUUUUGGUUUAGAUGCAUUCAUUAAAUGGUACGCGUUGGGUUCAUAUAAAAAUCCACAGGAUGCACUGACCUUUUUGUAAGCAGAAAACCCCAGUGACCAAAAUGAAUCAAGUGGUUGAAGGGAGAUUUCCAAAAUAAAAAUAAUCAGUGUUCUUACAGAGUUCUAACGUUGCUCAGGGUCUUUUGUUAUAAGUGUAUAACCUAGGCUUUGCUAUGUUUGCCAUGAUUUUACAUUAAUUUUGCUACUUAAAAUUAGAUUCAAAUAGCAUGCCUACUUUGAAAUUGAUUGUGAUUGUGUUCAGUCAUACUGCAUGUUUUAUUUGUUGUCAGAAUUUUCUUUCCUUCUUUAAUUCUUAUUGAAACAGUAAAAAAGGCCUGUUACCACAAACUGAUUUCUAUAUCAUCAGAAUGCUCUUCAAAAUAAUGGCCAAGCAUACUGAUUUAUGUGAUAUUUAUGAUAAUAAUCUCUGUGCGACAAAUAU